AUGGCGAAGAAGAUGAAGCCAAUACCGAAUGGUGAAGGAGGUGUGGAUAAUCCUGAUGAGUUGGAUCGUCAAUUUGAUGAGAUUACUGGGGCAGAGGGUACGGGAUCUCAAUGUUUUGCGACUGUACAGAAUGGAAUGGAAGACUCGAGUCAGUUGAAGGCCUCGUGGACAGAUGCGACAGGUGAGGAUGACUUCCAAGCCUCAGCUCAGAAACAAUGGCAAUCGUUCACAGCAAAAACCCUAUCCUUCUCAGAGCAGAAACUUGAAUUUACAGAACCAGAGUACAGGGAGGGUCGGAAAUUUUCUAGGAUUGAUAUUGAGGAGGUCAAGGUUCAAUUGGCAAACUGGACUUCGGCUGUCAUUUGUAUGGUGUUGGGUGCAAAUCCACCUAUGGCAGUUUUUGAAGGGUUCAUAAAAAGGAUUUGGGGUCAUCUUGGGAUAGCACAGAUAGCAAGAAUGACUAUGGGGUUAACAAUGGUUAAGUUCAAUGAUGAAGCAACAAGAGACAAUGUUCUAGAGAAUGGUAUUAUCCAUUUUGACCGUAAACCUGUAAUUAUUCGUCCUUGGACAACAGAUCUGAGUGCUGUUUGUCUAGUUCGCUCUGUUUUGCUUUGGAUUCGUCUACAAGAUUUGGGUCUUCAGUAUUGGGGCAGUAAAUGUCUCAGUGCCCUUGUUAGCACAAUUGGCAAGCCAAUAAUGGUAGACAAAUACACAAGAGUACGAUCUCGUAUUCAGUUCGCUCGGGUGCUAGUAGAGAUGGAAGUUACGGAUAACCCUCCUACUAGUAUAGAGUUUAUUAAUGAACAUGGUCAAAUCAUGGAGCAAGGUGUGGAUUAUGAAUGGUUGCCAACUAAGUGUAAGAAUUGUUCUAGUAUUGGUCAUGCAAUGACAGAUUGCAGGAAGAUUAAGAAUGCUCAGUGGGUGAUGAAGGAAGCCAAGAUUAAUAAGGAUGAAACAGGCCAGAGUUCUGAUGGUCCCAAGGCUGUAGAACUGGAAGGUACUGAGAUUAAUGCAGAUACUGAAGUGGCUGUAGAUCAGAUUAAUUCAGAAGGAAACAAGAAGCAGAACGAUCUGGGUGUUUCUUUACCAGAUAAGGAGGGUUCAACUGGGUUUAGGGACAGUGAUCAAUCAAGCCAACCUUGGCAAACCCUGAAAAAGGUUGAUGCUCCUUCAAAGGAGGGACAAAUAUCUGUUACAAAAGCCAAGGUCACUGGGCAGAAGAAUAAGAGUUUGAACAAAUUUGUUGUGCUCCAAGAGGACCGGUUGAAUGGAGUAGGUGGUCUUUUAGAGACCAAGUUGAAGGGCAGCAAUAUUAGUAGAUUUGUAGAUCUUCAUUUUCUGAAUUGGGAUUACUAUACUAGUCCAGAAAUUGAAGGGCGUCUUUUGAUUGUUUGGAGGAAGUCUUUUGUGAAGCAUAGAUUCGGAGUCACUUUUGUCUAUGGAAUGAAUUCUAUAGAAGGAAGGAGAAGCCUUUGGGAUGGGCUACGAAGGCCUUUUCUUAAGGACACAGCUUGGAUUUAUCUAGGGGACUUCAAUGCCCCUUUCACAGGAAAGGAUAGAUCGGGUGGGAAGCCUAUUUCUGGCUUGGAGUUGGCUGAUCCUAAUCGGUGGCUUGUAGAUGCUUAUCUAGAACCAUUAAAAAGUGUUGGGUCUUACUUUACUUGGACCAAUAACCUACACGGUGCAGCAAGAAUCCAUACAAAAAUUGAUCAUGUUCUCAUAAAUGAGAAAUGGGUUCAUGAGAAGUUGGGAGUUAGGAUAUUUCGGUUCUGCAAUUAUUGGAUAGAGCAUCAAGAUUUUCAUACUCAGGUUCUUAGAAGUUGGAACCAGCCAAUUAAUGCAACAAGAAUUCAGGCCAUUUACCUUAAAAUGCUGAGACUGAAACAUUGUCUGAAAGCAUUUAAUACAGAUAAAAUUGGUGACCUGAAGGCUAACUUCUAUAAAGCUAAAGAGACCUUCCAAGCAGCUCGUUUACAAGCUCAAUCUUUCCCUCAUGUGUUGGAUUUUCAGGAAGUUGAAAAGGAAGAAGCUGAGGCUUAUUCUGUCCAGGAAAAACUUUAUCAGAGCUUCUUAAUUCAGAGAAGUAAGAUUACUUGGCUGAGACAGGGAGAUCUAAAUACUUCGUUUUAUUAUGCUUUUUUAAAGAAGCGUAAAGCAGAUAAUGGUAUUAUCUCUUUCCUUACUGAAGAUGGCAAAGUGGUGGAUAAUUUCUCAGAUGUGGUUUCUCAUUUUAUGGGGUAUUUUAGAGAAUUUUUGGGCAGCUCUAGUUCAGCUUCAGGGAGCAUUAACGAUCAGAUAGUAAAGAUGGGACCUCAACUAUCAGUUUCGCAGAAAAUGAAACUUCUUAAACCUUUUUCUAGGAAGGAGAUUCGGGAGUCUCUCUUCAGUAUUCCUAUAACCAAGUCUCCGGGUCCGGAUGGGUUUGGUUCUGGAUUUUAUAAAGCAGUUUGGAAUGACAUUGGGGAUGAGGUGUGUGGAGCUAUUACCCACUGUUUUGAAUCUGGUACUUUCCCUUCUGAGCUCCAUGAAAUAACCUUAUCUCUAAUUCCUAAGGUUGCUAAUCCUUCAAGGGCUAUUGACUACAGAUCUAUAGCUUGUUGUUCAACUUUAUAUAAGUGUAUGGCUAAGCUGAUUUGUAAGAGAUUGGGCGAUAUUCUCCCUGAUAUUAUUCAGCCUAAUCAGGGAGCUUUUGUCAAGGGGCGGUCUAUUGCUCACAAUAUCAUGAUAUUCCAAGAUCUCAUUAAAAACUAUGGGAGAGCAACUACCUCUUCGAGAUGUGCCAUCAAAAUAGACCUCAGAAAGGCUUAUGAUUCGGUUGAUUGGGGCUUUAUUGAGAACCUGUUGAAAGCCUUGAAAUUUCCCAUGAAGUUUAUUGGUUGGAUCAUGGCUUGUGUUAGGAAUACAUCUUACUUUCUCUUGAUGAAUGGAAGGAUUCAGGGUAAAUUUAAAGGAGGGAAAGGGCUGAGACAAGGAGACCCCAUGUCACCUUUGUUAUUUGUCAUUAUUAUGGAAUAUUUGACUCGGAGUCUGCAACAAGCUGCUCAAAAUUCACCAUUUCGAUAUCAUCCUAUGUGUAAAGGCCUCAAACUCAUAAAUCUUUGUUUUGCAGAUGAUUUAUUGCUAUUUUGUAAAGGUUCUCUUGCUGCUAUUAGAGUUGUAAAAGAGGUUCUGGAUAGCUUUGCUACAGCCACAGGUCUUACUAUUAAUUCUGAUAAAUCACUGGUGUUUUUUGGUGGAGUCUCCAUCACAGAUAGAACUAUCAUUGCUCAUGAGCUGAAUUUGACAGAAGGUUUAUUUCCCCUUACUUAUCUUGGGGUCCCUAUGAGGCCAACAAAAUGGAGGCAUGAAGACUGUGAGAUUAUUCUUCAGAAAUUUUGCUUGAAAAUUCAGAAUUGGGCGAGUAGACACUUGUCUUUUGCUGGCAAAAUUCAACUUAUAAAUUCAGUGUUGCUUGGGCUUCGAAACUAUUGGAUGUAUAUCUUUAUCUUGCCUCAAAGCAUUGUCAAGGAAAUUGAGAGGAUUUGUAGGGGCUUCCUGUGGGGUUCAGCUGGGCAGAGAAGUAAACUUCAUGUUCCCUCUUGGCAGAAGGUAUGUCUUCCUAAAGCUUAUGGAGGUUUGGGAUUCCGAGAUGGAGCGAAGUGGAACCGGGCUGUGUUAGCUAAAUAUGUGUGGGCCUUAUCUGUGAAACCUGAUUUGCUUUGGGUUAAAUGGAUCCAUUCCAUUUAUCUGAAAGGUGUUAACUUCUGGAAUUAUGUUUUAAUAGCUGAUUGUAGUUGGUACUGGCGAAAGCUUUGUCAUCUCCGGAAUCAUUUCAGAGCUGCUGACAUUACCUCUGCUGGUGUGCAAGGGAGAUUUAAAUCUGUUAAACUGUACAAUAGUCUCUUAGUCCAGCAAAAGUAUGAGUUCUACAGAACUAUUUGGAGCAGGAUCGUACUUCCAAAUCACAGAUUUAUGCUCUGGCAAAUUGUAAACUCUCAUCUGUUAACUAGGGAUAACCUCAGUAGGAUGCAAGUUCAGCUUACCUCUGAGUUUUGCCCUGUCUGUGACAGAUUUAAGGAAAACCACUCUCAUCUUUUCUUUGAUUGUAGCUUCUCUUCUCAGCUAGUUAAAUACAUAUUUGAUUGGUUGGGGUUUGAUGCUUGGCCUCUAGAUUAUCAAAGCUGGUUGGUGUGGUUGGCAAGGACCCGAAAAGGAGUAACAGCUGAGAUUGUUAAUCUUGUAUGUGCUGCUGUCACCUAUAGCAUUUGGAAAAACAGGAAUACAUGUUUCUAUGAAGGCUAUUCUUCCUCUAUUCUGAAGCUCACCCAGGAUAUUAAGUUUACUACUAAAUAUAGGCUAAAUAUACCGUCCAAAAGACUUGCUCCAGUAAAAGAUCAACUGUACAUUCGGCACAUUCAAUGUAGAGUCUUUGACUCUCAUUUGUCUGAUCAGUUGUAUUGUGCUUUUGUUCAAUGA